AUGAAGUUCGGCGAGCAGCUGCGCUCCAGCAUCAUCCGCGAGUACCAGUGGUACUACAUCGACUACGAUGGCCUGAAGAAUAGCCUCAAGGCGGCCAGUGGCCCCGUCGUUGAGCCCGCCGACACCCAGCACGAGGGCUCGAGGAAGAAGGGAAAGGCGAAGGCCAAGAGGGAAUGGACCGAGGAGGACGAGGGCCAAUUCGUCAGCAAGCUCGAGGCUGAGCUCGACAAGGUCCACCAGAAGCAGCAGAUCAAAGCCAUUGAGAUCUCCAGAAGAAUACAGGUCAGCGAGCGCGAGGUCAAGGAUGUCGUCGACAGAUUGAACGAGCGCAGACCUGGCGAAGACGGCCCAAGCGACGAGGAGUUCAUGUUGCUGGAAGAGGACCUAAGCGACAUCAUUGCUGAUGUACAUGACCUGGCCAAAUUCGUCCAGGUCAAUUACACCGGGUUCUACAAAAUUAUCAAGAAACAUGAUAAAAUGACCAAUUGGCACCUACGUCCAGUGUUCGAGACUCGAAUGAAAGCGAAGCCUUUUUAUAAGGAGAACUAUGACGCCUCGGUGGUCAAAUUGUCUAAACUCUACGACCUAGUUCGCACAAGAGGCAAUCCUGUAAAGGGCGAUAGUUCUGCUGGGGGAAGUCAAGCCAGUUUCAUCCGACACACUACUAAAUACUGGGUUCACCCGGACAAUGUAACCGAAUUGAAGCUCAUCAUCUUGAAGCACUUGCCGGUAUUAGUUUUCAAUGCCAGCAAGGAGUUCGAAGCCGCAGAUUCAGCUAUUACAUCGAUCUACUAUGACAAUCCUGACACCUGGGACCUUUAUGAGGGUCGACUAAAGAAGACUGAAGGUGCUGAGGCGAUUCGUCUGCGAUGGUAUGGCGGCAUGUCCACCGAAACCAUAUUCGUCGAACGGAAAACGCAUCGAGAGGAUUGGACAGGUGAGAAAUCUGUCAAGGCUCGAUUCUCCCUCAAGGAGAAGAACGUGAAUUCUUAUAUGAAAGGAGACCUCCUCCCCGCCGCAGUCUUUGAGAAGGCACGAAAGGAGGGCAAGAAAUCUAAGGCUGCGAUUGACGAGGACGAACGAUUGGCCCAGGAGAUCCAAUGGUCCAUUCUGAAGAAAGGAUAUAGGCCUGUUUGCAGGUCUUUCUACAAUCGUACUGCGUUCCAGCUCCCUGGAGACGCUCGAGUUCGUAUCUCUCUGGACACUGAGCUAACGAUGGUACGCGAGGAUAAUUUGGAUGGGAAGAAACGUUCAGGCGACAACUGGCGACGCACGGAUAUUGGCAUCGACUUCCCCUUUUCACAGCUGCCGCCCGAGGACGUUGAGCGAUUUCCAUAUGCCGUUCUCGAGGUCAAGCUGCAGACGCAAGCUGGCCAAGAGCCCCCGGAAUGGGUUCGGCAGCUGAUCUCAAGCCAUCUCGUCGAGGCCGUGCCCAAAUUCUCCAAGUUCAUUCACGGAGUCGCAUGCCUCUUCCCCGAGCGUAUCAAGCUACUUCCAUUCUGGAUGCCUCAAAUGGAUGUUGAUAUUCGCAAGCCAGUCUCCCACAACUUUGGUAUUCAACGCCCCGGGCAUUCUGCAACAACGAGCACUUCAGAAGACGAGGACGAUGAUUAUGACUCGGACGAAGAGGAUAGCAGGGUUGUAGCCGAUCCCGAGGAGCAAACGAGUGAGAAUGCUGGUAAUGAUGCAUAUCCCUUAUACGAGUCUGAAGACGAUGAUGAUGAGAGACUGGAGGAAGCUAGGAGGAUUGGCGGCGCGACAUAUUACCACACUCUUGCGUCAACGCAGGCAAAGGCUGCCGGUCGUGGUCUCUUCAACGCUGUCGCUCGUAUCUUCACUGCGCAUCCUGGAGGAUCAUACAUUCCUCCACAUGAGAGAACAUUGGCCCUGUUUGGCACACAGAGCCUACAGACCAAGAAGUUCAAGGCGCCCAAGGGGAAGAAGAUCUAUGUCCCUGUACGCGUCGAGCCCAAGGUCUACUUCGCGGCCGAGCGAACGUUCCUCUCCUGGCUCGAAUUUUCCAUUUAUAUUGGGACCAUCGCGGCGACAGUAUUGAACUUCGGCUCGAAGCCAACCAGAACCUCGUUCAUCGUCUCAGGCGUAUUUACCCUGCUGGCAAUUCUCAGUCUCUCCUACUCCGUUUUCAUCUAUCUCUAUAGGAGUAGAGCCAUUCGCACUCGGCGCGCGGCUAAGUACUAUGACCGCUGGGGUCCUAGUAUCCUAUGCGCUGCACUCUUCGUGGCUGUGGCAGUCAACUUCGGAUUUGAAGGCAGAGACCGAGCUCUGUGGUGA